AUGUCUGGCCACAAAGACGCUUGGAUUGACCUUCCUCUCAUGAGAGAGCUGGGCAGCCUCUGCCCUCAACCACCUGCGCCCGUGAAGCACGACAAGCCCGCCUCCGACACCAAGGCCAAGAUCACCAAGGAAGACGAGAUUCCCGACCCCCUCAAGGUGCCCGACACUCCUGCAAAGCUCCUCGACAGUGAGCUUUACCGUUGGCCAUGCUGGGCUUGCAGAAUCAGGUUCUUCGCCAAGGCGGACAACGAGUCAACCGCGAGCUCCAAACCUCCCAAGAACAGACUCCGUGGCAUCACGGACAAGGCUGUGAAAGAUUUCAUCAUCGAUGCCGAGUCGCGGCUCGCAAAGAUCAAGUCCGGCGAACUGCCCGAGGAAAAGCCAAAGAAGCACAAACCCAUCAUCGACAUCGACAAUCUUGGCAACGACACUGUCAUGACGACUCCUGAAGAGGUCGAGGCGUUUUUGAAGAUUCAUCCCUUGAGUUUCAAGGGGGAUGUUGAGAAUUGGUUCGAUGAGUGGUAA